GUACUGUGUGCAAAAAACUUGGUGAAAAAGGAUUUUUUCCGACUUCCUGAUCCAUUUGCUAAAGUUGUGGUGGACGGAUCUGGCCAAUGCCAUUCUACAGAUACUGUGAAGAAUACACUUGAUCCAAAAUGGAAUCAGCAUUAUGACCUAUAUAUUGGGAAGUCAGAUUCAAUAACAAUCAGUGUGUGGAAUCACAAGAAAAUUCAUAAAAAGCAGGGAGCUGGUUUUCUGGGUUGUGUGAGACUUCUUUCAAACGCAAUCAACCGCCUUAAAGACACUGGUUAUCAGAGAUUGGAUCUGUGCAAGCUUGGGCCAAAUGACAAUGAUACUGUUAGAGGACAGAUAGUAGUAAGUCUUCAGUCCAGAGACCGAAUAGGCACAGGAGGACAAGUUGUGGAUUGCAGUCGGUUAUUUGAUAAUGAUUUACCAGAUGGGUGGGAGGAGCGGAGGACCGCUUCUGGAAGGAUCCAGUAUUUAAAUCAUAUUACACGAACAACUCAGUGGGAGCGACCAACACGGCCAGCAUCUGAAUACUCCAGUCCAGGCAGACCGCUGAGCUGUUUUGUGGACGAGAACACUCCAAUUACAGGAACGAACGGUGCGACCUGCGGGCAGUCUUCGGAUCCCCGGCUGGCGGAGAGGAGAGUCAGGUCACAGAGGCACAGAAAUUACAUGAGCAGGACACACUUGCACACUCCUCCCGAUUUACCUGAAGGAUAUGAGCAAAGGACGACUCAGCAAGGUCAGGUCUAUUUUCUGCAUACUCAGACUGGUGUUAGCACGUGGCACGAUCCAAGAGUACCUAGGGAUCUUAGCAACAUCAAUUGUGAAGAGCUUGGUCCACUGCCUCCUGGAUGGGAGAUCCGAAAUACAGCAACAGGCAGAGUUUAUUUUGUUGACCAUAACAACAGGACAACGCAGUUUACAGAUCCACGGCUAUCUGCUAACUUGCAUUUAGUCUUAAACCGCCAGAAUCAACUUAAAGACCAGCAACACCAGCAGCAGCAGCAGGUAGUGUCCCUGUGUCAGCUUCCAGAUGAGGCAGAGUGUCUGACUGUGCCAAGGUACAAGCGAGACCUAGUGCAGAAACGCAAGAUCCUGAGGCAAGAGCUGUCACAGCAGCAACCUCAAGCUGGCCAUUGUCGUAUUGAGGUCUCCAGGGAAGAGAUUUUUGAGGAAUCCUACAGGCAAGUCAUGAAGAUGAGGCCAAAAGACCUGUGGAAACGAUUAAUGAUAAAAUUUCGUGGGGAGGAAGGCCUUGAUUAUGGAGGUGUUGCCAGGGAGUGGCUCUACCUAUUGUCACAUGAAAUGUUGAAUCCGUAUUAUGGUCUCUUCCAAUAUUCCCGAGAUGAUAUCUAUACACUGCAAAUCAACCCGGACUCUGCAGUCAACCCGGAACACUUAUCAUAUUUCCAUUUUGUUGGACGGAUAAUGGGGAUGGCUGUGUUUCACGGACACUAUAUUGAUGGGGGCUUCACGUUGCCUUUCUAUAAGCAGUUGCUAGGGAAGCCAAUUACUUUGGAUGAUAUGGAAUUGGUUGACCCUGAUCUUCAUAACAGCUUAGUCUGGAUACUUGAGAAUGAUAUCACAGGAGUGUUGGACCAUACAUUUUGUGUAGAACACAAUGCAUACGGGGAAAUUAUUCAACAUGAACUGAAACCCAAUGGCAAAAGUAUUCCCGUGACAGAGGAAAACAAAAAGGAAUAUGUCAGACUUUAUGUAAACUGGCGAUUUUUACGAGGAAUUGAAGCUCAGUUUCUGGCUCUACAGAAGGGAUUUAAUGAAGUAAUCCCACAACAUCUGCUGAAGACAUUUGAUGAGAAAGAGUUAGAGCUCAUCAUUUGUGGACUGGGAAAAAUUGAUGUUAAUGACUGGAAGGCAAAUACUAGGUUAAAACACUGUACCCCAGACAGCAACAUCGUGAAAUGGUUCUGGAAAGCUGUGGAGUUUUUUGAUGAAGAGAGGAGAGCGAGACUUCUCCAGUUUGUGACUGGCUCAUCCAGAGUGCCUCUGCAGGGCUUCAAGGCAUUACAAGGUGCUGCAGGCCCACGACUAUUUACAAUACACCAGAUUGAUGCCAGCACUAAUAAUUUGCCGAAAGCUCACACCUGCUUUAACCGAAUAGACAUUCCUCCUUACGAAAGCUAUGACAAGCUAUACGAGAAGCUGCUAACUGCCAUUGAAGAAACAUGUGGGUUUGCUGUGGAAUGA